CAGCUUAGGACGGUACGCGCCGCGUGAUGGAACGUAAAUAUAGUACGUCGCAGCAAGGUUAAUUGUUUUUGUUUACAACUUGCGUCAAAUAGUUUCUAUGGAUUAUGAUGCAGUUGCCAAUAAUGUAAUUAUGAACCAGUUGUGCAAGGUGUGCGGCGAGCCUGCGGCCGGCUUUCAUUUUGGGGCAUUCACUUGUGAAGGAUGUAAGUCAUUUUUCGGCAGAACAUAUAAUAACAUCAGCUCCAUAUCAGAAUGCAAAAACAACGGUCAGUGUGUCAUCAACAAGAAAAACCGUACAGCUUGCAAAGCCUGCCGACUUAGAAAAUGCUUGCUAGUAGGUAUGUCAAAAAGUGGAUCUCGAUAUGGCAGGCGUUCAAACUGGUUCAAAAUUCAUUGUUUACUACAAGAGCAACAGCAACAGCAACAACAAGCCGUUCCAAAUAUGGCGGCAGCAACGAAUAUGCUGCGACCUCAUCCGUAUCUAUCUCCACUUUUUCGAAAUCACGCCUUAACAACUCAACAUACGACGAGAGAUACUGGAAAGUCUUCGGAAUCCGAUAGUGGCGCUUCAUCAGCAGAUCCAGAAGAUGAUCUCCGAUCCAACAGCGCGCUAAGUUUUCUUAAAUCAUCUGCAUCACCUACUAGUGACCGUGAUUUUUAUGCUUCUAAAAAACUUCCGUCCCCUUCAAGUGACUCUGAAUUUUUCGCACGGAAAAAAAUCGUUACUAGUGCCUUAAAUAAUGUGCCUUCUGUUUCACCUGCGUCUUUGCCUUCGGUAUCACCAAGCGGUGUUGUUCCUAAGUGGUUGCCUCCCUUACAAGGACUCGGAGAUCCUACAGCUUGGAAAGAUGUAUGGAGAGCUCCUCCUCCAAUCGCAGCACCAGCGCCCGAUCAAGAUCAACCCAUUGAUCUUUCUGUCAAGUCUCAAAGUACCGCUUCGUUAUCGAAUCAUUCUGAUGAAUCUGAUGACGAUCAGGAACUCAAUAUAGAUGUAGGAAUUGAUGAGCCUUCGAAGUCUAUGCCAUUAGACUUGACUUUAGAUAGGCCAGUGACAGAUGUUACUAAUUGA